AUGAAAGCCAAGUCCACAGAGGCAGCAUCAUCCUCUUCACUCCUCCUCAACAACUCCAUCUCACUCUUGAAGAAGAAGAGAAAAACCACAGCAACAACAACCUCAUCAUCGGACUCAAAGCAAAAGGAAAUUGAUCCAGAGAAUGAUGAGGCUACUUUUGAGGAUCAACAAGCUCGGAAAAAGUAUCAACAUGAUGACGAGAAUGAAAAUAGCGCAGAUGAUGGUGUGAGUGAGAAUAGAAUUUCAAUGCUUCGGUCAUUGGAUGAAUCGCUCACUCAAGGUAUAUACAAGGGUCACACCAUUCGGAAAGAAGACUUGUUUGACGAUGGUGAUGAUUUGAAAGAAAUUAAAGAACAAGAAGACUAUCUUGAAGAAAUUAAACGACUUCAACAAUUGCAAGAUAGCGACGACGAAGAAGAAAAACGUCACGAUAACGAACACAUGGAAGAAGACGAUGAGGAUAUCAUGCAACAAAUUCACGAUAUUGUGGAAGAAGAUUUCAACAAUGAUGACAAUGUUGAAUCUUUGAAGAAAAUCUUGUUGCAGAAGCCACUCACGGCUUGUAACAGGCUGCCUCAAAAUGAUAACUUUUGGGACUUUGUUGAGACGGUCGAUGAUAUUUUAGGAAACAAAAGUUCUACUUCAAAUGAUACGUCCAAAGAAUCCACUGAGAAAAAGGAAGAGAACACUUCAAGUGAGGACAUGCAGGAGCAAAAUGGCGAUACCACUGGAGAGAAUUCUGAAAAUUUGACAAUACCGAAACGUGUUACAGCCUUGCAGAAAGAUUUAGUGCACUUGAUUGGCGACAUGCUUUCACUUCAAAGUGAAUUGCAAGAAAAGGGAAUGGUUGGAAAGAAUUCUGACAGUGACCAUAAAAUUGAUGGCCUAUAUUUACAAGAAUUUUUAAGCCAAAACAAGGAGGGAGAUAUUUUUGAAAGAAUUUGGAACGUUUUGGACGAGUCCAACAAGAGUAUUGAAAAAUUUAGAAGCGAAUCCAUCGAACGAUGGGCAACAAAAACCAAAAUCCAAUCGAACGUGGGUGGUAGUUCUUCAAAGUUAAAUCUCAAAGUCAUCAACACUGGAAUCAUACAGCAAGUCCAAAAUGCAUUAUCCAAUCCAAAAGAGAAGAAGAAACUGGUCAACCGUACCCAUGUGAAACAAUUCGAAGGUAGUGUUCUUGGAAAGAGAGAACGUGACAUAAAAUAUCAUGAAGAAACAGGUUUAGAAGUCGACUCUGAAAUUUUCGAUGAUAAGGACUUUUAUCAAGUCUUACUGAAAGAUUUAAUUUCUGAAGUAGGAGGUGCUAGCUUAGGAUCAGAAAUUUCAUUCCGUAGAGCUCUCUCAAAGAACAAGACGAAAAAGGCACAAUACACUGGAAGGACAAAGGGAAAAACCAUCCGUUAUACGGUGCAUAAUGAGCUUGUCAACUUUAUGGCACCUAAUCUUGAUAAUGAGAUUCCAGAAUCUGCAACCACUCUCUUUGCAAACUUAUUUGGAGGUGACACGGUAGAAUUCAUCGAUGAAGAGGAAGAACAAGUGAAUGAUCAAGAAGAGGACACAACUUCUUCCAAUAAUAACCAUACCAAUGAAGAGAAUGGAAUGUUGACCGAUUCCGACUCUGAAUAA